UCUAAUAACAAAGUGGAGAAACUGCCAGAAGGAAUCUUUAGCAACCUAACGAAGCUCACAAAACUGGAUCUUUCUAAUAACAAAGUGGAGAAACUGCCAGACGGAAUCUUUUGCAACCUAACGAAGCUCACAACACUGGUUUUAUCCAGCAAUCAAAUCGAAGACUUACCACCAAUGAUAUUUGCUAACCUAACCAAGCUUAGGA